AAAACACGCACACAAUUUAAAUACAGAGGCUUAUCGUCCGAUUCUUCCACCACUCUGGAUUGGAUUAGAGUUUUGUUUUGUAUUGUUCUCAUUCGAUAUUUCAAUCUUGUUUGCAUCCCGUCCCUCCCCUUCGUAUAUAAUCUCGUCACACAAAAGUGAUUUUUAUCCGUUGAUGAUGAUGGAGGAGAACAAGAGAAGCAGGUUCAGCAAAGUUUGUGUCUUUUGCGGAAGCAACUCUGGUAAUAGAGAAGUUUUCAGUGAUGCUGCCAUCGAACUCGGCAAUGAACUCGUGAAGAGGAAGAUAGACUUGGUUUAUGGAGGUGGAAGUGUUGGGUUAAUGGGUCUUAUAUCCAGGAGAGUCUAUGAAGGUGGUUUCCAUGUACUAGGGAUCAUUCCCAAAGCUUUGAUGCCAAUUGAGAUAUCUGGUGAGACUGUUGGAGAAGUAAGGGUUGUUGCUGACAUGCACGAACGAAAAGCUGCUAUGGCACAAGAAGCUGAGGCCUUCAUUGCUCUCCCUGGAGGUUAUGGAACAAUGGAGGAGCUGCUGGAGAUGAUAACAUGGUCACAACUUGGUAUCCAUAAGAAGACGGUUGGUCUAUUGAAUGUUGAUGGGUACUAUAACAAUUUGCUUGCUUUGUUUGACACGGGCGUCCAAGAAGGUUUUAUCAAACCAGGGGCACGUAAUAUUGUGGUUUCUGCACCAACAGCCAAAGAGCUUAUGGAGAAGAUGGAGGAGUACACUCCUUCGCAUAAGCAUGUUGCAUCCCACGAAAGCUGGAAUGUUGAAGAACUUGGAGCUUACCCUGGACAACAGAGCAAGCAGCAAUAAAGAAAACAAAAACAAAAAACCAUUCUUAUUGAUUAGCAUAUGCUACUUCUUCCAUUUCAAGUUUUAUUAGUCUCUGAUUUUAUUUGCAGAAUCAACAAUGUGUAUAAGAAAACUCAAAAUCUUGUUGCAAUUUGAUACAUCACAUUGGGUCACAAAUAGUUAAAUUUGUUUUUCUUU